AUGCCACAGGCCCGCUCUGCAAAAGCGAUCCUAAGCCACCAAGAGCGCACCGCGACGGAGCCCCGAGACAACGACCUAUACACUGCUACGCUUGCCAAAGUGACACAUGUCAACGAUCGGAUCAAGCGCUAUAAAUUCCAAAUAGAUGAAAAGAACGGCUUCAACUUCCUCCCCGGCCAAUGGCUUGAUGUCUUUGUGCCUGAUGUAGAAAAGCCGGGCGGAUUCACAAUAACCUCAUCGCCGUCAGAAGCGCUCCCGCGAUCGGAUCCUGACCACGUACCGUUCUUUGAGCUAGCCGUCCAAAAGGCUCCUGAGAACCCACCAGCAGCAUGGUUAUGGAAACCGGUCGAGGAGAUACUGGGCAAGCAGGUCACGGUGCGCGUCGGCGGUAGUUUUGUGUGGCCGCCGCCCUGUCUCGACAUGAAGAAGAUCAAGCGCGCCAUCUUCAUCGCAGGCGGCGUUGGUAUCAACCCUAUGAUGUCAAUGAUGACUUAUAUAAACCAGAACUACCCGAACCUCGAAGUACGCUUCUUGUAUUCCACCAAAGUCCCCUCGCGCGAAACAGACCCGAGCGAAGUUCUCUUCCUCCAAGAUGUGCUUGACCUGUUCCGCAUACCGCGCUUCAAAACCACAAAGGAUAGACUAGAGCUCUUCUUUACCGGCACAUGGGAUGGAUCCGAGAUGGGCACAAAUGAGGGCGAUCUGAUACAUCCGCUGAUGUCGUUGACGCUGCCGCAAAUCGAUUCGGCUACCGAAGUACCAGUCUGUGCAUGGACCCAUAGGAUUGACGAUAUCGCGCUGUCGAGCGCGGUUGGUAACAGGAAGGAGGCGCAAUCCACGGUUUUCUAUGUAUGCGGGCCUCCAGACAUGACGGACGACAUGGUCAAGUUUAUCAAGGAGCAAGAUAACGUCAUACCGCAGAGAGUGCUGUACGAGAAGUGGUGGUAA